AUGGCUGAUGCGAACUGCACUGAUAUGAUCAAUUUGUCGAGUUCAACUAGCUUGAAAAUCUCGUUGUCAUUCAAUUUGGUCGUCUCUAUGACAGCAUUUCCGCUCCUUUUAUGGGCUAAUUAUCAAUUAUGGAUGAUGCCUUUCGCGAAAUUGUUUCAUGUCAAUAUCAAGAUUCUCAUUCAGCUUCAUCUUCUCGGCUUCAUUAUCCAUUGUUGUGGAAGAAUAACCUUGCAUUCAUUGGAUUUGCAUAAUUAUUUGCUUCUGGACAACCCUUGCUAUAUGAUUCCGAAUAUUUACAGAUGUUUCAUAUUCCGUUUAAUGUACAACAUCGGCAUUUGGGUGACCGGCUGCUCGGCGAUUUUUCUAACAAUCGAACGAUGGAUCGCAACGUGGAAGUCGUUGAAUUACGAGAAUUGCUCACCAUUAAUUGGGGUCCUAUUGUCACUACUCCAGUGCAUUCUCGCCGCAAUUCCACUAAGUUUCGCCUAUUCGAACACAAAAUUCGAUGGAGUUUAUAUGCCAUAUUGUUCAGUUUACAAGCCGUCAUUUCCAAGAGUCGCCAAAUUCAACGCGAUCGCCGUCAUCGUAGCCCAAUUAUUCUCGCGCAUCGCCUUCGGACGCCUCUACAAUUGGAAUUUUCGCGAAAGAACGACAAACCUUGAGUCAUCGUUGUCGAAAAGAUUCCAAUUAGAGCAGAAUAUGCAAUCGAUGUACUGUCUGAAAGUGAACGCGAAUCUGUGCUCCGUGUUCACAUUCCUCCAAUCCGGCUCAUUUCUGCUGCUCAUCCAUGUUGCUGCGACUCUUCCAUCUCACACAUACCUCACCCUCAUGGAGUAUAAUUCUGGAUACCCAUUGUUCGCUAUAAUUACAAUUCUGGUCAUGUCGAAAACUAUUACUCAUAUUCGCGGAAAAGUGCGCACUGGUCUCGCGACGAACAUGACAACUGACAAAUCAUUGUACUUCGAAAUUUUCAAGAAGCAACUCCUCUAA